UUUUCCAACAAAAAAAAAAAAAAAUUGUCGGGAAAAUAUAAUAAGUAUCCGAAAGUGAGCAUAUGACGGCAUGCAAAGCAAGUUUUGCUGCAAAGUAUCUUCGAAGAGAGACUUUCUAACUGAAAAGUGAUCCAAUGAGAAUUUCGAUAAUUCGUGUGUUGAGGGAUUGUUUUUAAAAAAAUGGCGAAUAGUGUGCUUUCGGAGAAAGGCUGGCAUCUUACCGAAACGGGAAUUGCAGAGUAUCUUGAAAAUGGAAAUAAAAGCGUUGAUGCAAUUAUGAAAAUGGCACUUGAUGUUGACCUGAGAAAUAUCGGUCAAAAAUUCCUGCCAGAUGAUAUUAACCGAGGCAAGAUAGACUAUAUCCAAGGUCCUUGUGUUCUCCAAAUUCAGAAAAUACGCAAUGUAUCUGCCCCUAAAGAACAUGAAGAAUCACAGGCAGCUCCACGCUUAUUGAAACUAUCUUUGACUGAUGGUCAUUGCACAUGUUAUGGCAUUGAAUUAGAAUCUAUUAAUUCUGUCAGUUUGAACACUCCUCCAGGAAGUAAAGUUUUGUUUACUGGAACCAUUCCUGUUGAGAAUGGAUUUUUACAGCUGAAUGGUAAAAAUACCAAAGGUAUUGGUGGCAGAGUUGAAAAACUUGUUGAAAAUUGGGAGCUGAAGCGGCGGCUGGCUAAGCAACAUCGAGCUGGCAUCAUUUCAGAAGGUGGUCCACCACCUUUUAUACCAUUUGGCCCAAGAAUGACAAAAUCACAACUUGUCAGAACAGAUAAUUUCAAAUCUCUUGAAGUUUCUAAAGAAAAGAAAGAGAGUGAAGAAUUUGUAAAUCAGCGGAAAGCUACCAUUGCAGAAGCUGUUCAAGCAAAAGAAGAGGGGAAAAUAAAAACUUUUGGUGGCAACAAGCAAGCUCUUAAUGAUAAAGAUGUGGCACGCUUGGUUGAGAUGGGCUUUGUUACAGAACAAGCUUGUCAAGCUUUACGCCAAAACAAUGGCAAUGUGAACCAAGCUAUUGUUUUUUUACUUGGCAAAUCUGGACCCGGUGGAAGAGAUGGCAGAGGAGGGAAUUUAUCUAAUUCUACAGGAGGCCAAUUAAAGAACACUGCAAAACUGGGUGGCGAAAAACCAGAAAAGUUCCAUGGCCGAGAGAAAAAAGGCCGAAAGAAUAAAGAAGACAAGGAAAAUGGAAAUGAAGAUGUUCCUAGUCGGCCAUCAGGUCCGGCUACAUUGUUUGAUUAUCUAGAAACUAAGAUACCUAUAAAAGAAGAUUCGAAGACUCACACUGAAAGUAAAGUUUCUGAUUCUAAAAAGGAUGUGGUCUAUGAUAAUAAUAAUAAAUCAGAUUAUGAUGGGCGCCAAAAUUCAGAUAAUAGAAAGAGUGCUGGUAACCGUAGAAACAACCUUCCACCUCGAUUGUCUGGUAAAGCCAACAACUCUGAUUCAGCACAAAGUAACAGUAAUACUAACCAUUCUAGUCAUGGACAUAGCAGUAAUUAUACUAGUAAUAACUAUAGUGCUAAUAGUUAUUCAGGUGGUCAUGGAUUUAAUAACAAUGAUAAUAGUAGCGGCAACAAUAGCAACAUCCACUCUUUUAAUUCUGGGUCAAAUUCAGGGUACCCUGCCACCGCUUAUUGUCAAGAUUAUAACAACUCCAAUCACUAUCAGCAGAGAUAUAACUGUAAUUCAAGCCAUGGUAAUUAUAACAAUACUUUGGUGCCUAAUAAUUCAGCAAAUACUAAUCAUAAUUAUAACCAACGUGGUUAUAACAAGUAUGAGAACACCAGUAGUACACUGGUUGGUAGUAGCAACCGUUCUGGAGGACAAGAUCAGAAUCAUGUACUGAAUAAUAAUAAUAAUAACCCAUCAACUCAUUAUAAUCAUCCUCAUCAGCAGCAGCGCUAUAAUAACCAUGCCUCAGUUCAAGGAAAUACUAACAACCGAGCUGUUUUCCAUCAAGGUUAUCACAGUGACCUUAGGCAAGCAGGGAUGGUAUCUGGUCCCACUCCCCGACAAACAAGAAGCUACUGCCAUAAUCAAGGUCAUACACAACAACACACACCAUAUUUCAAUGUAAGCUCAGGACCAACUCAACAGCAGCAGCAGCAUCCAUCACAGUCAGCACACUAUUCUAAUGAUGUAAAUGCUAGAUAUCCACCCUACAACCAGAAGGACGUCCACCAACAUCAUCAACAACCUCAACAUCCUCCUCAACACCACAAUGUGAGUGGAUCUCUUGGGGCUGAAAACCCUAAUAAAAUCAUGAACAGGGACUUUCAGCAACAAAUGUUUUCACCUGUUGCACAUGGUCAAAAGAUGUUAGAUAAUCUGAACAUGAGCGAAAUUACUGAUGUUGAUCCAAGACAUGUCAUCAGUUAUGAUGGAAGCAAUGGACGAAAUAACUAUUCAUAUAAUACAGCUAACCGUCCAAAAGGUGGUGGCAUUGGUAGUAGUGGAGGAAGUAAUUGCCAUAAGAAACAAGUUGAUAUUGAUUCUUCAGAUUUGAAGCAUGAAAGAAAAAACAACCCUUCUCCAAAUGUGGUUAAUAUUCAUAGUUGGCGAAAUGGAGAUCAUUGCUUAGCAAAAUACUGGGAAGAUAAAAAGUUUUAUCCUGCUGUUAUUGAUUAUGUUGCUCCUGACCAUCCAACCUGUGUAGUCACUUUUCUAGAAUAUGGUAACUUUGAAGAAGUUAUGCUAGCUGAUGUAAAACCAGUUUCUAAGAGCUGGCAUGAAAAUUCAAAACAGAAUGCUAACACAAGAAAGAAUCAAAUUGGACAACAAGGUUUUAAUAAUGCAAAUAUUAUGUCCCAAUCUGGACCUGUAGUAGCUCAUCAACAACCACAUUCUCACCAGCCCUCAAUUACUCCGCAAAUUCACCAGCAAAUGCCUCCAACAGCACAAUAUACUAAUGAGCAUGUGUUGUUUCAACAAAGCCAUAUCUCAACAAUGGAGUUUCGUAGAGGUGGUGGUGGGUACAGUAGACGCAUACAGCAACAGAUAGCAGAAAAAAUGAAACCUACUCAGCAAUAUUAUAUGCCACCGGCUCAACGGGCUUUAAAACAAUAACAUAACAAUUUUAGUUGUCUUUUUUUUUUUUUUGUAUGUCAAUAUUAAUCACAAACGAGACAGUUUAUAACUGCAUUGGCCAACAAAGUGCAAUUUACUUUUUACUGAGUAUUCUUUUUUUUUUUUCCUUAACUUGUUGCGACAUUUAUUUCAUUAAAGUUUAGUAAUGAUUUAGAAAUAAGCAGAAUACUUCUAAAUGCAAACAAAUUUUGACCUCUAAAUUUCUUAUGCCAAUUUUAUCAGAAUUUCUUUUGUUUAUUAUUCAUUUUGUUCCUUAAAAGUUAACUGUUAAAUAUUUAAAUGAAGUUGCAUAAUUAAACUUUACAUAUCGUAUUUUUCAUUAUACUAGCUGUUGUGGAUUUAUCUGUUAAGUGUAAUUUAUAAAUCAUAAGUUGUGUCUUUCUAUUUUAGCUUUUAACAUUUCUAUUUUCUUUAUUUUUGUUAAUGCUUAUUGGGUCAGUUUUGAUUGAAGUAUGUGGGUUGGCUGAAAAUUUCAUAGGCUGACCAAAAUACUCUAAUAUGAGUAAAGUGGCCAUAUGAGGUUUAUUUUUCAACAUUGUCCUCCUUUCAGUCAACACACUUCUUCCAUCAGUACUGCAGUUCUUGGAUCCCAUUAGGGAAGAAGGUUUCAUCCUGUUAUUCAAAGAAAUUCAAAAGCAGCAGAUAUGACAUCAUCAUCACUGCAAUAUUGGAUCUCAGCCAUGUGUUUUUUUUUAUGUUGGGGAACAGAGAAUAGUUAGAUGGGGCCAAAUCAGGAAAAAAGGAGAGUGAUCAACCAGUUCAAAGCCACAAUUGUGCACAGCAGCCAUUGAAAGUAAGGACUUGUGUUCUGCAGUACUGUCUUGAAGAAACAAGACUCCUUUCAUCAGUUUUCCUGAGUGUUCCUUUGAUAGCCCUUUGCAACUGCCACGGCAAGUAGGUGUAGACAGUCAAUAACCACAAUGCCUUUUGCAUCCCCCAAAACUGAGGCCAUUGCCUCCAUGACAGAUGAAACAAUUUUGGCUUUCUUUGGAGCAGGUGAUGAGGGGUCUUUCCACUGCUUGGAUUACCUGUUUGUCUCUGACUCAAAGUGAUGAACCCAAAACUCAUCCUAGCUCAUAAAACAUUCAAGAAAACCAGCUGAAUCUACAUGAAUGUCCUUUAGGACUAAACUGUUUUUUCUGCAGGUACUUAACACUACAAUGCCAACACCAUUUGAAAGAGAAGUUGCUACUGGUUAUUUAAAAAAUUUUUUUUUGAACAAUCAGAUGUAAUUUUACCUGGAAAUAAACAAUGUAGUUAUUAAUAAAGAGUUGAAAUUAAGCAUGCAAGAUUUCACUGUUCUAGCAUUGUCCCUUCAUAGUCAGCCUAUAGACUUUUCAGCCCACCUUUGUAAGGAUUAAUUAUUUAAUUAUAUGCAAAUAGAAAAAGACAGGAAUGAAUGACAGAUGACAAUAUGAAAUUAAACAAGUUAACUCUUCUUGAAGCUGUUGUAUUCUUAUUUUUGAUAAAAACUGUUCUUGUGAAUAAUAAUGGCAUAGCUACAAAGAUUUUUUUUAUUAAUCAUAAUUCAAAAAUUGCAUUUGAAACAUGCCUCACCUUACAAUGUAAGAAAAUAUGAAAAACUAAAAUUUUUGAGAAAUUUUUGUUUCCCUUUUUAAAUGUUAUUUCCAAGUAGGAUAUGAUUUUUCUUUGCACUUCAAAGUUAGACAUUUGUUGCAAUUUAUAAUUAUGUAUAAAUAGAUUUUAUACAAUUCUGAUGUUAUGGCUGUUUACAAUUACAAAAUCUCCAUUUAUUUGAUAAAAAAAUAAACAUGAAUUUGGUAAAUUUGCAGAUUCAGUUUUUUUUUUUAUUCUGAUGUUCCUUUGAUUUUUACUGAAAAAAAAAUAUCUAAACAUUUCUUAUUAAAUUUUGUUUUCUCAAGCUUCUGAAAUAAAAUUUUGAAAUUAAGGUUUAUAGAGUUAUAGUUUAGCAACUCAGAAUAAACCUGUAACACAGGUUUGUUUUAAAAGAUUCUUUAAAUCAUAGCACUUGUGAUGUAAACUAGAAAGGUUUACUUUUGUUGUUUCUUAAUUGCCAUUUUCUGAAGUUCUUAUAAAAAUAAACUAAAAAUUGAGAGAUGGAUUAAUCAUUAUUGUAUUGUAUUGGUAACUUUCAAAGAAGUAUAAAGGAACAUUUAUCCAGUACUGAUAACAAUUUUAGCUGCAUUAUGUUCCAAAAUAUGUAUACUUCUAAUAUUUAAAAUUUGAAAUAAAAUUAAUUUGUGGAUUUAUUUAUAUAUAUUUUUUUAAUCUCAUGAAAGUAAGUAAUAUUCUUUGUAGAAAGUCAUCUUCUUUCCAAUAAUCUCCCGAAUAUCAUGAUGAUUUUGUUUAUGCAUAAGUCAAUAGCAGUUUCUGUAAUGAUUGUUUUUGAGAAUUUAUUUCUUAAGGCUUUGAUCAAACUAUUAUUAAACUGAAUUAAUAACUGUAUGCUAUAUAUAAAUAGUUUCUUUUGUUGGUUAAUGAACACUGGUAAUGUAUCUCUGAAUAAAUUUAUCUUUGUUUUUAAAUGAACUUUUAGGUUAUACAAAUUGACUUAUUGUUUAAACUUAAUAUCAUGAAAUAAUUAAGUUUUGAAGUAAAAUCUGUCUGUUGAUGUUUGGUCAUUUAACAUUGUUUACAGGCUUAUUUAUAUUAAUGAUAUAUUAAUACUGAUCUGUGGAAAUAGCUCAGACAAUAAAGUGUCAGUAUAAGGGUUUAGUUAAAUCUCAUUAGAGGACCCAUAUUUGCUAUUUGAGUCAAUAAUAUAACUAACAAUUUUUAAAUGGUAAAAGGGUAAAGACACCCUUUGGUCAUGAAUGAUCAUGGGAUUGCCCCUAGAUAGAAAGUUCCCUUCCAGGGCACAAGUCAAGGUACGGUUGUCUAUAGAAGAUCAUCAGUCGCCUGUGCAUACCAGCCUUCCCUCUCCAUGCUACCAGUCUGGGAAUCAAACUCACUACUCAUGAUAGUCUUACUGAGCCAUGUGCGUUCUCUUACAAUUUAUAACCAUCAGUAAUAGGUUGAGGGCAUAUAAAUUUGUAUGAAGUUCAGUCAUAUUUGUAUGGUAUUUCAUUGAUUGAACUUGGUGAGAUUUGACACAAAAUACCCUAAAAGAAAAAUAUAAUUUAUACUAGUAAGAUUAAAACUUCUGAAACAAUUAUUUUCAGUAAAAUUCCUUUCACAAAACUCCUGACUGAAUUAAACAUAUUUCACAUUUCUGUCAAUGUGAACUGAAUAUCAGCAUCCGACAUUCUUAAUUUAACGAACUGUUUUUCUGAAGAAUUUCCACAUUCCUUUUAAGCCUUGGGCAUAGAAAUAACAGGCUUAGCUUAGUGUAUUUAAUGUUCAGUUUUGAUUAUUGCUGAUUAAAUGUGAGGGAAAGUAAUGGGCUGGGAAAUAAAACAAUGAGAGAAAGGGUUUUGUUAAUAAAUGAAUAAUAAUAGUAAAUAAACUACAAUAAUUAAUGUUAAUAUAUCUAAUGCAGAUAUCAUUAGAAACUAAAAAUAAUUUGACAGCCAAGGGUAGUUUAUUCUCUGAACAUUAUUAUUUUUGUAUUCAAGUGUACUACUACUUAGUAAUUCCUUCAUUGCUGUGUUGGUGAGUAUGGUGGUCUAUGUAGAGAGAGUAUAGUGGAUUUAUGUAAGUGUAGGCCUCUUAAUCAGAUAGACAGUAAAGCUGUUGAAUGUUAACAUUUUCUUAAAGAGAUUAGCAACUAUUCAGGGUUGAAGUAUUGUGUAGCCAAGCACUUUCACAGAAUGUUAAUAUUUUAUUUCAUAUUUCUCUUUAUUGUCAGGUAGGAUGUAGUUAGCAUUCUCAUGAUCGGAAGUUGUUUAACCCCAUCUUAAACAUGAUGAUUAAAAGGGUUCAAUCAUGACCUUUUUUUUUUUUUUUUUUUUUAAUAUCUAGGGCUCCAAUGUGGGGUGUUUUUUUGUAUUUUUUUAUCUGCAAAGUUAUAGGUUAUGAAGGAUCUUUCAUUAGUUCAUUGGAGAAAUAGGUGGGCAUUGGCAUUCAUCCAAGAUGAUGACUAGCUGCAAGAGAGAGAGGGAGAGAUAGUUUCAGUGUUGUGGAGUUGCUUAUGACAUUUUCAAAGAAUUGCUGAUGUCAAGGGGAAUAACUUUGCUUUCUAUCAGUGUUCUCAAAAGCAAGAGGAGACAUUAACCCUUUCAUUACCGGAUUCAUUUUAAGAUGCUCUGUGUUUCUUUCAAUUAAUUGUAAAUAUAGCAAAGAAUUUAGUAAAAUAACUUACUCAUCAUUCAGCUACUGUUAGGAUCAUGAAUUGUGACUAAGGUUUGGUGAUAUAUUUUAAUGAAAAACUUAUGAAAACAAGACAUUUAUACUACAGAGCCAGAGCCGGGUUAGUAUCAAAAGGGUUAAAGCAACUGGUUUUUUGAAUGUGUAGAAAUAAUCAAUGAAAACAUAUUCAACUUAAUGUUGGCAGUAUCCUAAAGAUGUUGGGUUUAAAAUCAAUAUUGGUAGAUAAUUAUGUACUGUAGUGAGUAAAUGCCUUUUUAUCAAAAUCCAUCAAGUGAUUUGGUGACAAUUUUUGUAAGGAUAAUGAAGGUGUUUAGGAUUAAACUAUCUCAGGAUGUCUCUUAAAGUCUUGCUGCUUUGUUAUUUGAUUUGAAUAAGAGGAAAACUUAGCAAAUGAAAAGCACCUUAUUGGUUAUUUAAAUUCUUAUUUUAUUCCUGCUCUAAAAUUACUAUGUUAGCAUAUAACUAGUAAGAAUAAUGAAGUAGUGUUGAAAAUUUCAUUUCUUUUUUUUUUUUUUUCACCCCACAAUGCCACAUUUUUUCCCAUGGUACAAUUUUGAUCUAUUUUUCCCAUGCAUUCAAUAAAUCUGAAUAAUU